GACAUAAUGCGCAAAGUGGAUCGCAACGAUGAUAAAUUAAUUGACCGCAAUGAGAUUGUUGCAGCUGUCCGAAUGAUUGAUAAGCAUGUUGCGCGAGCCACUUUACGCUGGCUACAGGUGUUUUUUUUAUUUUUUAUGAGCUCUAAUCAACUGUAA